GUCGGACGACCAUCUUGUAAAGCCAGUCAUGAUGAAUCUACUUCCGUUUUCUGAAGGUCCUUUUAUUCUGAAAGCAGUUUUACUUGAAUCACGUCGAAACACUUCCAGGUUUUGGCUAGUCCGCCGUCGCACAGCUAAAGAGAGAUGUUGCGACGUCCCAAGCCAGGCGGCUCGGAGGAGGAUCUCCUGAGAGAACAGGAGGAGUUCAUCAAGUCUGGAGCUCUCUCCGCUGCCAGUGUGCUCCGCCGGCCGGACAAGAGGCGAGGCGAGGUGGGAGGAGGCCCUGAGGAGGAACGUAAUGGUUGCGAUCCAGAAAGUCACAAGGAUGUGGUCACCAUCGAAGAUCUUCCUGAGCAGCUUCCAUCCCUGACACCAGUGCCCCCUAAGAAGUCCCGCUUCAAAAACAACCGCGUCACCUUUGAGGAUGAGGAUGCGGGGGAGAGGCUAGACAGACAUGACACUCACAUCAGUGCAGUACUUUCCAAGAUUAUUGAACGAGACACCAGCUCUAUUCCAUUAUCACUACCGGAAUUUACAGGCAUGGCGUUCCCCAAAGCAGUGCAUCGCUCAACAAAUGGCUCUACGCAGGUGCCUCUGACUGCUGCGGGUGGGAAAAAGAGCAUUUUUGCUCAACAGAUUGCGGCUCAGAGACUGAAAGAGGGAAAGCCUCAAUUACACUAUGCAUCUCGGGCUACACAGAAACACAAACCCAUGGAGCAGAAGCUUCCUCCUCAGAGGCCUAUGGAAAUAGAUAUGCCUUAUCACACCAGAAACCCAGCGACAUCUCCACAGUCAAGUUCAAGACUUGUUUCUGGUGAAGGACUCGGGUGUGCAGAUAGCUCAGAGGAGACCAGGAGGAUCCACGGGGAAAACCAGGAGAGGAUCCUGGCAAUGUCCCAGUCUGAAAUACUGGAGGAACAGGAGAGGCUCUUAUCUCAGCUCGAUCCAAGGCUGGUGGAGUUUGUUCGAUCCCGCAGAGCUCAGAGCGCCUCGGCUUCUCCCUCCUCACGCGAAGACCCGGAGGGCAAAAGCAUCAAGGAAAGUGUUCAACUCAGUUCAGCCUGCAACAAUGGCGCUGCGCCUUUUCCAAAUCCCAAAGAAGUGGAGAUGAAAGAGGAGGAGGAGGAAGAAAAGGAAAUGUUGUGCCCAUCCACCACGAUUGAGAAUAAUAUUCCAGUGAAGCCUCAGAAGGAAUGGGUGCACAUGGAUAAACUGGAGCCUGAGAAGCUGGAGUGGAUGGGGGACAUGCCUGCACCCAGAAAAACUCAAACAAAACAGGCGAUGCAGGCUCGUUUUGAUUUUAACGGAAAUUUAAUCCCUCCCACGGAGGAUUUGCCUGCCCACUUGGGGCUGCAUCACCAUGGAGAGGAGCCUGAGCGUGCAGGUUACUCCCUACAGGAGCUUUUCCUCCUGUCUCGCAGUCAGCUCAUCCAACAGAGGAGUUUGUCCCUCAGCACCCUCGGCAAUAUCCUCGCAAAGGCCCGUGCCGGGGACUAUCAUUCAACCCUGACAGGUAGUGUACUAGCCACUCUGCUCGAUGCCGGUCUUGUCUUCCUGCUUCGUUUUGCGCUGGAUGAUGGUGUGGAGGGAGUGAUGGCCGCCGCCGUGCAUGCACUCAGAGCACUUAUGGUGUGCACAGAGGAUGAAGAGUGUUUGGACCUAACCUUCCACUGGUUUCAUGGUCAUGCCGCAUUCCCCCUGAUGCCAUCUCAGGAGGAAGAUGAGGACGAUGACGAAGGGCUGGAUGAAACUUUAAAAGAGACUGUCAAGGAGAGGGAGGAGAGGAAGACUGAUCAUGACGUUGCAAGGCAGGAUGUCGUUAAGGGUCUCUUGAGAAUGAAACUUCUCCCCAGAUUACGUUACGUCCUUGAGGUUGUCCGGCCCUCUCCUCGGGUUGUUCAGGAUAUUCUAGAGAUCCUGACCCGUAUCGCCAGACACUCCUCCUCAUCUGCUACUAAGGUGUUGGACUGUCCUCGCUUGAUGGAGACGGUGAUGUCGGAGUUCCUUCCCACUUCCUGGACAGUGUCUUCUAUUUCCCUCCCUCAGUCUGUUUAUGGACUCCCCCUUGCUUGCGCCAUGAAGCUCUUAAGGGUUUUGGCUACUUCUGGCAGACACGCAUGUGCCAGACUGCUGAACUCUGUGGGUGUGAGGGAGCGUCUGUCUCGUCUGCUCAGUGCUGAGCCCAGUGAGCUUCUGUUGGAGCCACAUGAAACCAUCAGAAUUACCACAGAAGCCUACAGGAUGUGGGCUGUGGCAGCUGGCUAUGGCCAGGCCUGCGACUUGUACAUAGAGUUGUAUCCAGCCUUACUGAUGGCAUUACAGUCUGUUCGUAGAAUGCUGGCUCCCUCUGACCCUCUGCGGCUUUUGCAACUUCAGAGGGUUUUGGCUCUGCUUGCUCUGCUUACUCAGGUCACACAUACUGCAGGUUGCCACCAGGAACUGCAGGCUGGCAUGGUCAGUUCUUUAGGGGAUGAAUGUCCUCCUCCUCCUCCUGUGUCAUGGGGUCACGUCAUAGGAUUGCCGGCAUCACUGUUGGGUCAUUUGAAGAGUUUUACGAAGGGUCUUGAUAGUCCGCUACUGAGACAGAGCAGUCUGUCACUACUGCCAGCUUACCUGAUCUACUUUGAGGCCUUCUACCACCAGAUCUCCAAACAGGUUCUCUUCUGCUUGUUUCAGCCAGUGGAAGUUCUUCAUGAACUAGAGGAACUGACAACUGAGGUUCUUGUUCCCCUGCUGUCCCAUGAUGUUGUGCAAGACCUGAUAAAGAACCUCAAGUCCUUCUCAGUAGUAUGUAAUGUCCUGUCUAGUCAUACGGGUCCAGACAUCUCUCCCAGCCUCCCUGGUUUGGCCUGCCCGGGAUGGAGGGACCGUCCAGGUUUGAUGUCUUCCUCCUCUCCUUUCCCUCUUCUCACAAGCCUGACACUCCUCUUGGAAACUAUCACGGGCAUCCACAAAGGCCUCACAUUCAAGUUCACUGGCCUCCUUGCAUCAGAACCUGUGAUUGGUUACAUGCAAAGCAUCAGUAAGGCCACUCCCACCCUGUCUCAUACCUGGUCCUGGCUCCUCCGUCACGAACACCACCUCAUCUACCUGCUGUUGCGCUUGGCAUAUCGAUCGGUUUCCAUUGAGCCACAAGUGGUAAAGCAUGCCUCGCUCUACCACCAGGUGGCACUCGUUCUUCUCCCGUGGUUAUUGCCUGGUAGCGAGCACCUUGCUCAUGACUUGCUCUCAACCAUCAUCUUUAGCAAAGACUUCAUAUCUGAGGGCUACAGCGGCGGUCCAGAGGUCAUCGAGCUUGGGGAACUGAAGCUCCAGGAGGAAAGGAGGCAUCACACCUCUCCUUCACUACAAACCGUGGGAGCUCUCCUGAGAGAAGCGUCCGCCAACCUGCCCUCCAUCCGGGGCUGCUUCCUCACUCACUUCGCCCACCUGGAAUCGUCCGUGCUGGUGUCCCAGGACGCCCUCCUCGCCCGAAACCCCUGGAUCAAAUCCCACCUCCUCCCAGAACUGACCGGACCCACCCUUCCGUCGGACUGGCCUUUCCUUCCACUCGUCAGCCUGUAUGAGAAAACCGGGGUGUCUGGUGGCGGAGGGAUCUCUGUGGAGGAACUCCCCCAGGGAGCUCUGCUGGCAGUCACACAAUGUUUGCAGUGGUUAGUGGUGCUGGAGGUCUGGAGGGAGGAAGCCCUCAAGGUAAUCCCUCCAGUUGCAAAGCUGGCCCGGCUGUCCUGCGUGUUCCUGUGUUCUAGCGAUUUGUUCCUGGAGAGACCAGUUCAGAAACUGACCUGGGCUCUGUUCCGGCUACUAUCUAGGCCAUCCAAACUGGAAUCUCUAGACCUCAACAUCCCCCCUCCAGGUCUGGCCUCCUUCCAUGAUUUGUAUUGUGCUCUUCUGGCUCAGUAUGAGUCUGUGUCCUUCGGGGACCACCUGUUUGGCUGCUGGAUUCUGUUGCCCCUGCAGAGGAAGUACAACGCCACCAUGAGGCUGGCCGUGUUUGGGGAACACGUGGGCAUUUUGAGGUCAUUGGGGGUCACCCCAGAUCAGCUUGGCAUCCCCUUGGAGCGGUUCACUUCUCCUCCAGAAGACUCCCUUCCUCUUGUACGCCUCUACUUCCGCUCUCUCGUUACCGGGAGUGUGAAGCCUUCCUGGUCUCCCAUCCUUUAUGUGGUUGCUCUGGCUCAUGUCAACGCUUUUGUCUUCUCUCAGGAUGCUGCGGCGCAGGAGCUUGAAGCGGCACGACACAACAUGAUGAGAAAAAUCUACUACAUGACAGAUGAGGUAUUAAAGAAGCACUUGCUGCUGUUCCGCCUGCCCAAACAGGACUGUCAAUUGGGGUUUGACAUGUACAAUGAGUUGCCUUCCAUAAGAGCAAAGUAUCUGGAGACCAUCAUGGGCCCACAGAAGGGUGGCUGCGGUGAAGUGCAGGAGAGGUGAAGAGGGAAAGGAGAACAGCGACAGAAGUGAUUCCUCCCCCCAAAAUGACUUCAAAUCGAGGAUGGGCUUUGGCAUCUAAUGCCGCUUGCUGUGAUUUUGUCCCAGUCAUAACAUUUACAGAGAAAGUCACGAACUCUUGCACUUCUUACCAUCUCAAUGAAUAAUUGAAUUUGUUUCCAGUAUUGUACAUUCUGCCUAACUGCUCCUUUGACAGUUCAUGGAUGGCUCUUGGUGAUGCGAUUCAGGAGAUGGCAAUAGAAUUGUACAUUUUGAUGCACUUUGAUGUUUGUGCUUGACUUAGUUGCGUGACAUUUUUUUUUUUUUUUUUUACAGAACACAGUGCAUGGCACCUGAAAACAGUAUGUUGGAGCUAUAGUCUUAUAUCUGUAAAAUGUUUGUUUUGUAUACCAGUACCGUAAUUCCCGGCCUACAGAGCGCACCUGGUUAUAAGACUCGGUACACAGAAAGAGUUUAACGCCAGCGCCGCGCAAGCGUUAAACUCUUUCUGUGUACCGAGGCUUAUAACCAGUGGUGCUAAUGCUAGUGCCGCGCUAACCCUAGCGUGUGAAAAAAGUUGUGGCUUGUAGACUACAAAUUACUGUGGUUAAAAAUUGCAAUGUAAGCUCAA